CAAAGUAGUACCACGAGAGAGCACCACAAGUACCAACCACCAUCGCCAUCUGUCCAAGACUGCUCGGACUACAUUGACAGGUUCAUAGACUGAUUUCUAAUUACCUCAGUAAGUUAGAAAAACACCACGAGAGGACGCCACCUGUACCACAUAAGAUUUCAAUAAGAACUAAAACCAAAAAAAAAAAAAGAAAAAAAAAAUUGUAACAAACUAAAAAUGGAAGAAAUUAUAAUUGAGCUACGAAAGAUCCGGAAAGACCUCGAUGAGCAGAGAAAUACUAUUGAGAAAAGUGUAGAUAAAAUCACAGAACAAGUAACAAUAAAUGUAAACAACAUUUUGGAAGAAAAAUUCAAAUUAUUAAACGAAAAUUACGAAAACCUCAAGGAAAAGAAUGAAAACCAAGAAAAACGAUUAUACUUUCUGGAGAAGCAAGCAAGAGAAACAAACAUCGUCUUUUUCGGAAUUAAAGAAACGGAAACUUCAUACGCACACUUAGAGAGCAAUAUUAUUAACUUUAUAAAAGAACAUUUCUCUCAAGAAUUAGACCGCAGAGAUAUCCAGGCGGUGAAAAGGAUAGGAAAAAAGGGAGAAAAACCCCGACCAAUAAUAGUAACUUUCUCUACACUGGGGACGAAAAUAAUUCUAUUUAAACAGAGGAAUACCCUCAAAGAUACCGGGUUUUACAUAAAAGAAGACUUUCCACAAGAUAUCCUAAAAAAAAGGAAAAUAUUGCAAGAACAAGCAAAAAUUGAGAAGGAAAAAGGAAAUCUGGUGCAAAUAAAAUACGAUAAACUUAUAAUUCAAGAAAAUAACCGGAAACACACUAGCAACAAGAGAGUACUUUCAACUUCUCCUCCAAACUAUGAUACUUACACAACAGAAUCAAAUAAACAGGCUAGCAAAAAGAAUAAAACCCGAACUCCAAUACAAAGAACAUCUAGCCUUUCGGAGGGAAUAUCGAAACCAGGAAUGCUUAAUUACUUAAUAAACGUAGACCCAAAGAACAUCCCAGGCCCGUCAGGAAACAAAAAUGGAAACAUAUAGCAACUACCACCGCCCCCUCCCAGCGCCACCACCACUACUGCUACUUAUAGAAAUACUAGAAAACAAAGAAAAUACAAAAACCAUCUUCCAAGCCGGCUGGUCACCGAGGAAGAUAAAGACCAAAACCCUCCAAUUGAAAAAAUAACCUUGUCACGAAAAAAGUUCUACAUAUUGACAUACAACGUCAAAUCACUAUCAUCGUACGAGCGCUUAAUAGAGUUAACAGAAGC